GCACUGCCACUCCAAAAGUGGAUGCGGGAGGAAGAGUGCUUGUUGGCGUCGGCUUGGGUUGACGUCUCCGAGUAUCCUAUAGUUGGUAAAAAUUAUAUGUUUUCUAAUAUAUUUAUGUUUUUAUUUAUAUAAUCGUGUUAUAUAUUUGUGUUAAAAGAAUUUGUGUUAUACUUUUUUAAAGGUUCGAAGUAAACGAAGGAUGCGAUGUGGGAUCGUAUCGAGAAGAAGUUCUUUACGGCGAUGAACAAGGAUGGCUCCUACCGUACCCGGGACCCACUCACUUCCAAAUGGAGCCACAUCAACAGUAAAAUCCAAAAGUUUAUCGGAGUUUACGAGGAAUGCGCCCGGUCCCGGAGAAGCGGGACUAACGAUGCCGAUGUUCUCUUGCUUGCCACGGCCCGGUAUCAAGAUGACGGGCACCAAGGCAAGGUGCCCAUCGAUCUUUGGAGUAUUUUGAGUUGUUCACCGAAGUGGAAACAACUCAUCAAUUCCGACGGAGGAUCGUCAAAGAAAAUAUCCUCCGUCGACGCCGAGGUUGAGGUCGAUGACACUAUCGGUUCGUCCGAACAAAGGCCUCCCUUCAACGUUUUGGAUUUCGAUUACGAGGACCCCAUUCCACGGACAAUCGUAAGAAAGAAGGCAAAAUCCAUUGCCUCGGGUUCUGGAAGGUCUGAUUCUGUUUCCGUUCCUUCUCACAAUGAUAUCGGUCGGGCAAUGGUUGAGCAACUUUGGGUGUUCAAUAUUCAAGAAAAAGAGAGGGCGAGAAGAAAGGAAGAGAAGGACGAGAUCGAAAUAAUGGAAACUGACCUUUCUACGUUAUCGGCCUUCAAACGUAUGAUCUUCGAGAGAAGACAAAAAGAGAUCAAGGCCAAAUAUAAUUUACCUUAGUUUUUUUAAUAAUGUAUUUUUUAUUGUCGCUUUCUUUUUUUUAAUUUAAUGAAUGUAAUUUUUUAAAAUUAUUGUCGCUUCAAUUUCUUUUAAUUUAAUGAAUGUAAUUUUUUUAAUUAUUCUUGUUUCAAUAUAAUUAAAUAAUAAAAUAAUUAAAUUUUAUUAAUUUAG